UCGACAAAACACCACCCUGCAUAUGCAUUAUAUAAACACCAACCUAGUAGCGCUUCUUACAACACUCUGAGUCGGUAGCCAACAUCCAUCUUAAAGCUAGCUUGGGAUUGUAAUUCUUUGCUGCGCGCAUUAGUCAAUAUUUUUCAUGAUGGCUAGCUUUGUUAAUAUCUUUAAGUUGGGUUGCUUGCUGGCGCUGGUGUGCAUGGUGGUAGGUGCACCAAAGGGCGCAGAAGCAGCGAUAUCAUGUGGGCAGGUGGUGAAUUACCUGACCCCAUGCGUUUCUUAUGUAGCAAAUGGUGGGAGUGUGCCGGCUACGUGCUGCAAUGGGAUCAAGUCCCUCUUCGGCCUGGCUCGCACCACAGUUGACCGUCAGGGCGUUUGCAAUUGUCUAAAGCAAGCUGUCAACGGAGUUUCAUACACUCCUUACAAUCUUAAUCUCGCAGCUGGACUUCCCAAGAAAUGUGGCGUCAAUAUUCCUUACAAGAUCAGCCCCUCUGUAGAUUGCAACAGCGUGAAGUGAUCUGCAGAUUGAUAGAGGCAUCGUAGAAAUCAAGUUGGGUCAGCGUGAGAAUAAAUAUCGGUGCCUUUUGUUCACCUGGGGAUUUACAAGCUGACUUGCUUAAUUUUCAUGUUUCUAUGUACUCGUAAUUUCAUCGACUAGAAAUGGGUCUUGUUUAUUUAUAUAUAUGUGUGCUAAGUCGUCGGUCUUCUUGAGUUGAGCUGCAACUAUGUACGCACUUUGCUUAUAGAGGAUAUUAUAUAAUAUUCAUGGUAUAGGCCAGAGCACGUUUCUGAUCCAA